CACCAGAUUGCAGGGCAGGGCAGGGCUGAGCUAGGAGGCAGCAGCUUAUCCCGCCUGCAGCACUUCUUGUCUUGCACUGUGCAGGGACGUAUAUACUACAUUUACAUCAGCUUGCGCUCCCCGCACUGUACACGCACAUAUGUUCUGGGAGCACAGCAGGCAUGAACACGGUGCACACACAAUAUAUAGACACUGAUGCACAUCACAUAGAGGGCAACAGAAGAUCCUGGUAAGGAGUGGACUGGACGAGUCUACUUAAGUUGGCGGCCGCUCUCCAUGGCGUGAGGCUCCCGGAGACACAUGGAUAAGGUCCGCAAUGUCAGCGUGGAGAAGGGCCGUGUCCCCGAUGACGGACUGUGGAGCUGGGACUAUUUGAUCACCUGCUUCGCGGACGAGAAGAUCUGUGUGUCGUUCGGUCUGUGGCUGCUGUCCUGCCUGUUCUGGCUCACCGCCUCCUCGCUACAGUUCUACUUAAGAUGCAAAAAGAAAUCUAGCCACGAAGAAUCAGUAUUUUGGAAUGUUUAUGGAUUUUUUGGUUCUAUGUGUAACACAAUUGGGGCCCUUUUGUCAAAGCAACUCACCAUCCAGGUCAUCACAGGGGCUUAUAUGGCAUUAUCGGAUGUAGUACACUUUAUAUUAACAUUAUUUCCAGCAUGCAACUUCAAUUACAGAGUGAAAUCAAUUCGCCGGAAUUCCAGAUCACGAAGACAACUGAAGCCUAUCUUACCUGCUCUGUCGUUCUGUAUGUUUAUAAGUUUGGCAUAUUACUCGUUGGGUGUAAACGACCCCCCUAAAGUUCCGCAUUCUCCCCAUAGACGGCUACUGGGCACAGCUCUGCAGGAAAAUACAGAUAUCGUGGGAUUUACACUUGGGAUUAUUGCUGUUCUGGUAUCAUGGACAGUAAGAGUGCCUGUCAUUACUGAAGUAUGCAAAGGAAUGGUGUUCUCAGUAAUUCAGGUGUGGGCAAUCCUGUUCUCUGCUAUGGGCAGUAUAAUGUAUGCGGCUGCCAUCAUGUCACAUGACCGCCGGCCGGAGUACUUUGUGAAAGCAAUCCCCUGGUUCCUUAUCUCCAUGGGUACUGCUGCGCUGGAUCUUUCUUUGCUGUUUCUGUCCUGUAUGAUGAAAAAUAAGCAGUUACAGCAGCUGGGGCUGGUCAUGGAUGUAAUGUUACAUUCAGAGAGCUGUGAGCUGCUGGCAGAAGAGGAAGAGACGAAAGCAUCAAAGGAUAGUCCCAAACCUACAGAGAAAGGAGAGAACUUCAGUUGGGCUCCACUAAAUAUGGUUCCUAACAGGUGUCUGAGCAAUAAGGUCUCCCUGGGACGCUACGUCAGGCUCAGCAUUGAGCAGGUGCAAGAGGAUGGGAUUGGAGAAGUGAGGUUACCUGGGGAUGGACAGACUAAUCCUGGGACCACUUAUAAUAAGGAGCCACUCUAUUACCUUGACCUGCCUGUGUAUCCUCCUACUCGUGUCACACACUCUACAACUUCACCUUCCAGUUCAUCGGAUAUAUCUUCUAAUGCUACUGACUUGGAGUGGGACUUUGAAGAUUUAGAUCAAAAAUGGAAAAAAGACUCUGAUGUUCCAAGUAUCCAACCAAAUGACAGCUCUGUGCUGAACGCCAUGAAUGAUAAUCGUGAAAGCCAGUUCCCAUCCACUAUUUGGCCAACUUUCAAAAACCUUGAGGCCAUUGCAAACAAAAAGAAGAAAUCCCGUUCUGUCGACCUAAAAAAAAUAGGACGGAAGUGAAAAAGAAAAAUCGUUUUCAUCAUUGUGAACAGUUGUUUUGUUUUCUGUGUCGGUCGUUGAUCUUGGAGCAAUUCAAUUGACUUACUGUACCACAAAUUCUGUGCAAUUUGUUUAAUAUGCUCCAACAUGCAAAGUGUGAUCAGCAGGGAAACAUUUUAUUAUCAUCGUCCGCUUUUGUAUUUGCAACGCUGUGCAAUGAGUUUAUUCACUUCAAUGAAGCAUUGCUGGGAAAUUGUAGUCACCAAAGAUCUUUGUUCUGAUUUCUGUGUUUUUUUUUUGUGUUUUUUUAAUGAAAUGCUCAAGUUCUGAAUAUAAACGAAAUUUAGAUAUA